AGCGUUGCAACUUUUGAUUCCACACGUGUGUGUAUUAAAUUGUGCACAUGGCUUGCUUUUUCAGGAGAAAUAUUGCAUCGCAGCUCUCCAGAAUUUGUGGACGACCAGAGGAAACUUUCAUCUCGUGUUUGUCUGCAGUCCCUGUGUCAAAGAAACAAGAAACUCCUGAUUUCCGACUGUCAGUAAACUCACUGGUGAGCAAUGGCAGUGUAUCAUCUGGUGGAGAUCUUCAGUCUACCACAGAGAAGCUGGCUAGACAGAUAAAACCUGACAGCGUAAUUGAAGAGGUUUCGCCUGGUCAUGGGGUGAUUAACUUCAGAGUAAACAGGCGGCUCCUGACAAGGAGAAUUUUGGAUCAGUUGCAUAAGGAGCCUCAUCUCUUUGGAGUGAAGAGUGAACUAUUCAGGGACCUGUGCAAAGUUCGUACUCUAGUAGAAUUUAGCUCACCAAACAUUGCAAAGAAGUUCCAUGCCGGUCACCUCAGAUCCACUAUAAUUGGCAACUUCAUUGCGAACUUGAAACAGGCCUUGGGCAAUGAGGUGAUCAGGAUGAAUUACCUGGGAGACUGGGGCAUGCAGUUUGGUUUGCUCGGAACUGGAUUUCAGCGUUACGGAUCCCAGGAGAAACUGAGGGAGAAUCCCCUGCAGCAUCUCUUUGAAGUGUACGUACGGGUAAAUCGAGAAGCAGACAACAAUGAAAGUCUUCGUUUGGAUGCUCGAGAUUUCUUCAGGUCUCUGGAACAGCAUGAGGAACAGUCCCUGUCACUAUGGAAACAGUUCAGAGACAUAACAGUGGAGGAAUACAAAAGAAUAUAUGAGCGUUUAGGGGUUCACUUUGACCACUAUGCAGGGGAAUCCUUUCACCAGAGCCGCGUUCGGGAUGUGCUGCAGGAUCUGACCAGUAAAGGCCUGCUGAAAACCACAGAGAAAGGAACAGGAGUAGUGGAUCUCUCUCCGGCCGGCGACAUGUCCUCUUACUCCACCAUUGUUCGCAGUGACGGCACCUCCCUCUACAUCACCAGAGACCUUGCGGCUGCUCUGGACAGAAAAGAGACGUAUAACUUCGAUGAGAUGAUCUAUGUGACAGACAAGAGUCAAACCGUCCAUUUCAAGCAUCUGUUUCAGAUCCUCUUGGCAAUGGGACAUCCAUGGGCAGAGAGGUGUCGGCACGUGCCCUUCGGCCUCGUUCAGGGCAUGCGGACGCGGCAGGGGGAGGUCGUGUUCCUCGAGGACGUGCUGGACGAAGCAUGCGACAGGAUGCUCAAAAACAUGAGCCUGUCCAAGACCUCUAAAGAUUUGCCUAACCCCAAGGACACUGCUGAGAAGGUGGGGAUAAGUGCUCUGAUAAUUCAGGAUUUCAAAGGACCUCUCAUAUCUGAUUAUAAGUUUGAAUGGGAGCGAGUCUUACAGGCCCAAGGGGACACUGGAGUAUUUCUGCAGUACACACAUGCUCGACUCUGCAGUUUGUUACAGAUGCAGGCUGGUAGCCAUCUGGAUGGCAGCUUUGACCCAUUACCUCUCAUGGAGAAAAGGAGCAUUGCCAUUCUCCAACACCUCCUCAGAUAUGACGAGGUGCUUUAUCAGUGUUCACAAGAUCUACAACCAAAGCAUCUGGUCAAUUUUCUUAUGACUCUAUGUCAUCUCGUGGCCUCAGCUCACAGAGAAUUACCAGUGAAAGGAAGUUGUUCAGAGGUGGCCCAGGCGAGGCUCCAUCUUUUCAGCGGCGCUCGCAGUGUGUUGGCAAACGGAAUGGCGAUCUUGGGAAUGCAGCCAGUAGAGAAAAUGUGA